CAGACAGUAGAGAUGAGAGUCCAUAUGGACUGCCCCGGAUGUGAGAGCAAGGUUAGAAGUGCACUCAAAGAUAUAUAUUUAUUCUGAUUUUUUAAUUUUGAUUUUUUUACCUUAUUAUCUUAAUGGUUUGCACUUUGAUUUUGAUUAGGUGUGGACAGCGUUGAUAUAGACAUGGCCAUGCAGAAGGUGACGAUCACCGGAUGGGCUGACCAAAAGAAGGUUCUCAGGACAGUCCGGAAGACUGGUCGUAGGGCUGAGCUGUGGCAGUUCCCCUACAGCGCAGACCACAAUAACUUCAGUACAGAUCAAUAUUAUAAUCAGCAGUGCAAUGGCCCACUCAACAACUAUGCACCUCAGCCUUCAUCAUGGUACAACUACUACAAGCAUGGCUACGAUGGCCCUUCUCAUGGCUAUUCUCAAAAUCCUGCAAAUUCCACACGUGCUUAUGGCUAUCAAACAACUGCUGCCUUUAGUGAUGAGAACCCUCACGCUUGUUCUAUAAUGUGA